AUGAAAUUCAAAAAAGGAAGUGAUGACCUCAAGAUUGCAUUUAAUAGUGCAUCUAAAGCUUACAACAUAGAAGAUUUUGAAAAGAGCAUGCAAGACUUGGACAAUAUAGAUGUAAGAAUAAGAGAUUACUUGGUGAAUGAAAUUGGUGUCGAAAAGUGGACAAGACUAUAUGGCAUGAACAGGAGAUACAAAACAAUGACAUCAAAUAUUGCCGAAUCAGUCAAUGCAGCCUUGAAAGCAGUAAGAGACCUACCCAUCGCAACUCUACUAGAAUGCCUACAUUCAUUGGUGCAAAGAUGGUAUUGGGAAAACAAGAAUAGAGCCCAAAAAACUACAACAACACUGGCAAAAAUACCUGAAAAAACAUUAAAGAAACAAAGAGAUAUGAGUUUAAAGUACAAGGUUGAAACAGCAAAUCUUCUGGUAUACCAAGUACACGACAACAACAUGUCUCACAUAGUAAACUUGGAGAACAAAACAUGCAGCUGCCAACGAUUUGAAUAUGAUGAAAUACCUUGCUCUCAUGCAAUGGCUGUACUAAGCAAAAGGAACCUGUCUUGCUACAAAUAUUGCUCAUACUACUACACCAAAGAAGCUUUUAUGGCAACAUAUGAAGACAGUAUACUCCCAUUAGGUGAGGCAACAUCAUGGAAUAUACCAGAUUUAAUAAAAAAUAUUGUAGUCCUCCCACCUAAACAUAAGAGAGCUGCCGGAAGACCAAAGAAACAACGAUACAAAAAUGGACUUGAAGCAAAAGCACAAGUGGUAUGCGAUCAAUGUCGCCAAAAAGGACACAACAAAAGAUCAUGUAAAAAUGACCCACUACUAAAACCACCAAGAAAAAGAAAAAGAUCAUAA